GAGUGCGGGGUAGGGUGGUGGCCGUUACGUUCGGGGCAACGGCUAAGGCAGUGAAGAAGUAAGAAGAAAAACAACGUCCGGUGCUUCCGCCUUCGCUUAGGAGGAAGAGGAGCUGGUAGGAAAAGGAAAGUGGUUCGCUGUGGGCCUGGACUAGACCGAGUCGGGUCGGUGGGGGUCUGGGUUAUGAGCCUGUGAGGGUCGCUUGGGACGCGGAGCGAGACACCAGAGCCGAGCGCAAUGUCUCAGCCGCCGCCGCCGCCUCCGCUGCCGCCGCCACCUCCUCCCCCAGAGGCCCCGCAGACUCCGUCGUCUCUGGCGGCGGCGGCGGCUGCUCCGGGGGGGCUCUCGAAGCGGAGAGACCGGAGAAUCCUUUCUGGGAGCUGCCCGGACCCGAAGUGCCAGGCGCGUCUGUUUUUCCCGGCCUCCGGUUCUGUCAGCAUCGAGUGUACCGAGUGCGGACAGCGGCACGAGCAGCAACAGCUGCUGGGGGUGGAGGAGGUGACCGACCCGGACGUAGUGCUGCAUAACCUGCUGCGGAACGCGCUGCUCGGGGUUACGGGGGCACCCAAGAAGAACACGGAACUGGUAAAGGUGAUGGGCCUUUCCAACUACCACUGCAAAUUGUUGUCGCCCAUAUUGGCUCGCUAUGGAAUGGACAAACAGACAGGCCGGGCCAAGCUUCUCCGGGACAUGAACCAGGGAGAACUGUUCGAUUGCGCUUUACUGGGUGACCGUGCCUUCCUCAUAGAACCAGAGCACGUUAACACGGUGGGCUACGGCAAGGACCGCUCUGGAAGCCUCUUGUAUUUGCAUGACACUCUGGAGGAUAUCAAGCGGGCCAAUAAAAGUCAGGAGUGUCUCAUUCCCGUGCAUGUGGAUGGGGAUGGACACUGCCUGGUGCAUGCUGUGUCUAGGGCCCUGGUAGGCCGCGAGCUCUUCUGGCAUGCUCUAAGAGAGAAUCUUAAGCAGCACUUUCAGCAGCACCUGGCCCGGUAUCAGGCCCUGUUCCACGACUUUAUUGAUGCCGCUGAGUGGGAGGACAUUAUCAAUGAGUGUGAUCCUCUGUUUGUGCCACCUGAGGGUGUUCCCUUAGGCCUGAGGAACAUCCACAUAUUUGGCCUUGCUAAUGUAUUACAUCGUCCUAUAAUUCUGUUAGAUUCUCUCAGUGGCAUGAGAAGCUCUGGUGAUUAUUCAGCCACCUUUCUGCCUGGGCUCAUACCUGCAGAGAAGUGUACUGGGAGAGAUGGUCAUUUGAACAAACCAAUCUGUAUUGCUUGGAGUAGCUCUGGUAGAAACCAUUAUAUCCCAUUGGUAGGCAUAAAAGGGGCUGCUCUGCCCAAACUGCCUAUGAAUUUGCUUCCUAAAGCAUGGGGUGUGCCUCAGGAUCUUAUUAAAAAAUACAUCAAACUUGAGGACGACGGUGGUUGUGUUAUUGGAGGAGACAGAAGUUUGCAAGAUAAAUACUUACUUAGGCUUGUUGCUGCUAUGGAAGAAGUCUUUAUGGAUAAACAUGGUAUCCAUCCUAGUUUGGUUGCUGAUGUCCAUCAGUAUUUCUACAGAAGGACUGGAGUGAUAGGAGUUCAGCCUGAAGAAGUGACAGCAGCUGCUAAAAAAGCAGUAAUGGAUAAUCGCCUUCACAAAUGUUUGCUCUGUGGUGCCCUUUCUGAACUUCAUGUCCCUCCAGAGUGGCUGGCUCCAGGAGGUAAACUGUAUAACCUGGCAAAAAGUACUCAUGGACAGCUGAGGCCUGACAAAAAUUAUAGCUUUCCUUUGAACAAUUUGGUUUGCUCAUAUGAUUCAGUGAAAGAUGUUCUGGUACCAGACUAUGGAUUGAGUAACCUAACAGCUUGUAAUUGGUGCCAUGGCUCAUCUGUGCGAAGGGUCAGGGGAGAUGGAUCUAUUGUGUAUUUGGAUGGAGACAGAACUAAUUCUAGGUCUACUGGUGGCAAAUGUGGUUGUGGAUUCAAACACUUUUGGGAUGGUAAAGAGUAUGACAAUCUACCAGAAGCUUUCCCUAUUACUUUGGAAUGGGGAGGAAGAGUGGUCAGAGAAACAGUAUAUUGGUUCCAGUAUGAAAGUGAUCCAUCUUUGAAUAGUAAUGUUUAUGAUGUUGCAAUGAAACUUGUUACCAAGCACUUUCCAGGUGAAUUUGGGAGUGAAAUCCUAGUUCAGAAAGUUGUCCACACUAUAUUGCAUCAGACUGCCAAAAAGAAUCCUGAUGAUUAUACUCCUGUAAACAUAGAUGGUGCUCAUGCCCAAAGAGUUGGAGAUGUGCAAGGGCAAGAAUCAGAGUCUCAGCUCCCUACUAAGAUUAUUCUUACUGGACAGAAAACAAAAACUUUGCACAAGGAAGAGUUAAACAUGAGCAAAACUGAAAGAACUAUUCAACAGAAUAUUACAGAACAAGCUUCUGCAAUGCAGAAACGGAAAACAGAGAAGUUAAAACAAGAACAAAAAGGGCAGCACAGAACUGUUUCUCCCAGUGCCAUUCGUGAUGGCCCAUCCUCUGCACCUGCUACCCCUACCAAGGCUCCUUAUUCACCUACAACUUCAAAGGAGAAGAAGAUCAGAAUUACAACUAAUGAUGGACGACAGUCCAUGGUUACACUUAAGUCUUCAACAACCUUUUUUGAACUUCAGGAAAGUAUAGCCAGAGAAUUCAGCAUUCCUCCAUAUUUACAGUGCAUUCGAUAUGGCUUUCCUCCUAAAGAGUUAAUGCCACCACAGGCAGGAAUGGAAAAGGAGCCAGUUCCUUUACAGCAUGGUGACAGAAUUACUAUAGAGAUUCUAAAAAGCAAAGCAGAAGGUGGUCAGUCUGCUGCAGCACACUCAGCCCACACGGUGAACCAAGAAGAGAUUGCUGUUACUGGUAAACUGUCAUCUAAGGAACUUCAGGAGCAAGCUGACAAAGAGAUGUACUCCUUGUGUCUUUUAGCAACAUUAAUGGGAGAAGAUGUGUGGUCUUAUGCCAAGGGACUUCCUCACAUGUUUCAGCAGGGUGGCGUAUUCUACAAUAUUAUGAAGAAAACGAUGGGUAUGUCUGAUGGCAAGCAUUGUACUUUUCCACAUCUACCUGGCAAAACUUUUGUCUAUAAUGCUUCUGAAGAUAGAUUGGAGCUGUGUGUGGAUGCUGCGGGACAUUUCCCCAUUGGUCCUGAUGUCGAAGAUUUAGUUAAAGAGGCUGUUAGUCAGGUUCGAGCAGAGGCUACUACAAGAAGCAGGGAAUCAAGUCCCUCACAUGGGCUAUUAAAACUAGGUAGUGGUGGAGUAGUGAAAAAGAAAUCUGAGCAGCUUCAUAAUGUAACAGCCUUUCAGGGCAAGGGGCAUUCUCUAGGAACUGCAUCCAGUAAUCCACACCUUGAUCCAAGAGCUAGGGAAACUCCAGUUGUAAGAAAGCAUAAUACAGGGACAGACUUUGGUAAUAGUUCCACUAAAACAGAGCCUCCUGUAUUCACAGCUGCUCCUAGUAACAGUGAGCUUAUUCGAAUAGCUCCUGGAGUGGUAACAAUGAGAGACAGCAGGCAGCUUGAUCCUGAUUUGGUAGAGGCCCAGCGGAAAAAAUUGCAGGAAAUGGUUUCUUCUAUUCAGGCGUCAAUGGACAAACACUUGCGGGAUCAAAGUACAGAGCAGUCACCAUCUGAUCUUCCUCAAAGAAAAGUAGAAAUUGUGAGUUCUGUGAGGCCUGGGAGUCUUCAGACUGGCUUGCCUGAAUCCUUUUCUUUAACUGGUGGCACUGAAAAUUUGAAUACAGAAACAACUGAUAGCUCUGUGGCAGAUGCAUUGGGAGCAGCAUUUGCUACAAGGUCAAAAGCACAAAAGGAAAAUUCCGUGGAGGAGCCUGAAGAGAUGGAUAGUCAAGAUGCUGACAUGACUAGCACAACUGAGCCAAUGGAUCACUCUUGAUUUCAUUAGAGGCUAAUAAAGGCAGAGUGUUUAUUGUGAA